UAAGGAGGUUCUGUCCAUCCACGCAGUUUGCGUGGUUUACGCAGUUUGCGCAACGUACACACGAGAAGCCAGGUCUCACAUCCUGGUACUUUCCCCCCGUUGUCAAGGCAGCGGCAAGAGAGAAAGGCUGGCUCGCGGAAAGUAGCUGCAGUGUCCUGAUAGUGCAUAUGUCCAAACGUUUACAAACUGUCCCGGAAAGUUAGGUGUAACUACACAGCUCCACGCCUUUUCCUGACAGCUGCGGAGGAGAGUAAAGAUGUGUGAUAGCUGCAAACAGGAAAAGAUGUUGACAGGGAAGUUCCCCAGCAUGUGACAAAUAAAACAGUCUCCUUAAAGCUAAAACACACUGCCCAUUGCAGACAGUGGAGGAUGUGACAGAAGAUGAAUAAUGCCAUUUCAAACCCAGGAGGAGUAGUCACACUGGCGGGAAUGAACGGGUCCCGGGCCCAGCGUUACCGGCCAGCUGCAGAUUUUGAUGAUGCUACGCUUGCCCGCAAAAGGGAGUACUGGAGAACCAAAAAAAGAGAACAGCGAGCAAAGCUUUCUGCACUGAAGAAGGAGAAACCUGGGACAAAAGGCACCACCGACUGUAAGCAAGCACUGGCCGCUUCGGCAGUGUUUUCAGAAGCAUCUGCAGUGCUCACUCGUGCCCCCGCACCUGCACGGUCACUCCAAUGCCAUGGCCUCGUCACUGCUCCUCUGCAUCUUUUGGGGCCGGCCUUACUUAACAGUGAUGGGUCCUACCAAGCAGCAGUGACUUCAUCUUCACCUGGCUUCUUUGGGAACAACCCGCAGGUUCAGGAUAAUAAGGGGUCCCUUCUCUCCCCUGUUGAUGGAGUACAAGACUGGGAAAGCACUGGUGUCAUGGCUCCAGUAUCUGUGAGCCAGCUGGCUCCACCCAAGAGUUGUCUUUUAGAGGAAGGCCGGCAAACUCUGUCGAACGAAAAGGAAAGCAGUUUGCAGAGGGUGAAACUCCAGAAAAAUGUGCUACAGUUCCCUAAGACUUGUUCAGAGUCAUUGUAUGAUCCCGAUAAUGCUGAUGUCAGCAAAGAUGUGGUCAAGUGCUUGCCACUGGAUGCUGAAAGAGGGACUUUUUCUACAACUAAACCUAACGGAGCACUGUUUAACAGCUGCUCCCAAGUGCCUGCUGCUCAGAUGGAACUGCAGUUUAACAGUUCCUUUUAUAGCCAAGAUCAGAAUGAUACUUCUCUUGUCCAUGACAGCUCUGCCUCAGUCCCGCCUCAGUACCACACAGACCCCCAGGUAACAUUAGGGCAAACUAAUAACUGCUGUACGCAAGUUGGCACUCAGCCAAGAGAUGCUUCCCUUAGUCUACUGAAAACUGGUAUUGCUACAAAAGUGAAGAUAAAAGGAGAUCCCACUGAUGUAAUCACAAGCCAGAUUUCAGGAAGUAAAAGCACAAAUUUAGCCCCAUUAGUAAGGAAAAGCAAACCCCAUCCUCGAGAACCUCCGGCAGCUCUGAAGGGGAGCCAGACCUCUGGAGUAAUAGUCACAUUGGAUACCGAGGAAGAGAAAGCCGCCCGACGCAGGGAGUACUGGCGCAUUAAAAAGCGAGAACAAAGGGCGAAGUUGACUGCUAGGUUAGCAAAGGUGAGAGACAAGAUGAGGACUGUGACCACAGCCAUGCAGAAAACCGAGCCGUCAUCUUGCAUGGUGCUGGAACGUCCGUCUGCUUGGUGCAAAGAUGGGCAGAGACAGCCUGGGAGCCGAGUUCGAACUCCUCUUAUUCCCGUAAGCCUCCAAAAGGCAGGAAGGCUGCUUAGGAAUGCCAGGGCAGUAGCGGUGUCGUGCUCAGCUUCAAAAUACUCCAGCAUUACGGUUAAGAAGGAGCCAUCCCAUUCAAGUGCAAUUUUGUGUAGUCCGGCCCCAUCGUGUUAUAAUCAGCCAGCAGUCGCCACAAAAACGGAGAGGUCACAUGAGACCCCAGCAUUGAAGGGGGUCGCUGCAGGCACAUUCCCCCAUUCCGCUCCAAAGCUGCAAGCAACCAUUGGUCAUCAGAAGAGGCAAGAUACAGAUGAACGCUGGGGAUCCGUCCGAUCCAAAACCCCAAGGCAGAGGUUUCUCGAAACCCAGAGAAUGAUGAGCCACAGAAGCAUGCGGAAGCCCUUCUCUCAUGCCGCCACCUUGUUGACCCCAUAUGCCAAAAGAGGCAGCGCAGAAGAAACGGCUGAGGAAAAACUGGCCCGAAAGCGAGAAUACUGGCGUAUCAAGAAGCGCGAACAACGGGCGAAGCUCUCUGCAGAGGUGAAGGCCAGGUUGAAAGAAAGGGACGCUUUAUUGCGACGGGUCAAACGGUACCAGUGCAUUCUGGAAGAGAUGCGCAGGGCCAGGGCUGGGACAGGAAACAGGGGUCUGCAGCCUGCAGGGAAUGCCCUCACUGGAGAUGUAGAAGCCAUUGGGGGAUUUAUAAAGGAGGAUGGCACGGUGACCACAGAGAUUCCGCAGACUUCCACUCACCUUAGGCUGUUAGGACCAAAAAUGACACCUGAACUGCUAGCACUGCCAGUUCAGAAUGCUGACGUUUCAGCCAAUGCCAGCAAAGCCAGCUUGGUUAGCUGUGUAAAAGUAAAUGUUUCAACAUCGUUGCGUGAUUCUACUCAGGUGAAGGACUCCCAUCAACUUGGUGCCACCAGAACUGUGUUUCGUAAUGUUGCAAAAAACUCGCAGAACCUUGAUGCAGCUGCUCCCCAAGUUUGUGUAGCUGAAAGGCAUCCUCAAAGUGUCCAAAGCACUUACCCUAGAAUUACUUUAAUCAAGCCUGCACCGAAUGUGUCACCGAUCAACAGAGUUGUAGAAAAUGUCUCACUUACUGCUCUCAAAGAAAGACCAAGUUUAAUGGUGGCUCCCUCAACCUCUGGGGUGGCUGUCAAAGUGCCCUGCCGAUCAGCACAGCUAACGGAAGAGGAGAGGAUGGCUAAGAAACGAGAAUACUGGAGGAUAAAGAAACGGGAGCAAAGGGCAAAGCGCUCUGCCCGUGGGAGGGAACCGUUCAAACACACCGCGGCCAUACUGGGGCAGCAGAACCACAGAGUGCCCUUAAAUCGCAACACAAUACCGCUGCCUUUGGCUAAGAGCGAGCCUCUGUCAAAGCCAGAUUCUGAGCUGUCCAUUUCCCCUCAGGGAAAUGUAAAACAGGAGAGGGAGUCCUCUUUGAGUGAUGACUGUCCUGCCUCUCCGUCCUUAUGUCAAGAUAUUAAACCCCCACCUCUGUCACCCUCAGAGAUGCAGACUGAACCUGACCAAGAAUUAAACAUGGACAGCCAGGAAGCCACUCUUCUGGCUGUUGCCUCCAUGAAAAAGCUCCUGGAAGAAUCAUUGAGCACUGUGACGGAUUGUAAUGGUCUGUCUUCUGGCAAGAGUGAGGUGCUGCCUUGUAAGCGUGAGGAGGAAGCUACUGACCUAGACAUUAAGCCCAGCUUGCAGUGUCCUCUGGGUGAAAGCCAGGAGGCCAUGAACGCAGGGCAAAAGCAACAAGAGAUGUUCACUUGUCCCAAGUCCCCUUGUGACAGGCCGUUGAAUGAGGCUACUGUCCUAACUUCUUCCCACAAGCCCUCAGAAGUCCCUUCCACCAGUCAGGUACCAUCCCACAUGUGUUCUACUGGUCCAGAUCCCUCUCCUCCAGCACGCUGCAGCAAACACCGCUGCAUCCAGCCCCCACCUCUCCGCAGAGCACUGAGGCUACGCGCAAAGAGAACAGGUCACUGCUGUUCCCCCGAGCCCCCAAAGCAGCUGUCUGCCACCUCUCAGCCUGAUGAGGAUAUCCUUCAGAAAAAGAGGGAGUACUGGAGGGUGAUGAAGAGGGAGCAGCGGGCCAGGAAGGCAGCGCGGGAGAAGGAGAUAAAGAAGCAGAGAGCCAUUACAAGCCAGACCCCUGUGCAGUUGCAGGAAGACCGAUGUUGGAAGAAGCAGGAGCAGAUGGCCAGCAAGGCAGUGCUAGAUCAAGAGGUGAGGAGAGACGGGCCAGCUUGGGCCUCCAAGCCUGUCCUCCUUGCCAAAGCAGCACCUCAGAGGCCGAAGCAGCAGGGCCAGAACAUUUGUUUGGUCAAACUUCAGGAACCUGCUCCUCCUCUGCAGUGUCUGCUCCCUACUGGGGGUGGAAGCCUCGUCUCCCCCCUUUCCACGCUCCUGGUAGUGAAUCCCUCCUCAAACAGCUUCCGUGUGGAAAGUGAUGCCGGCAAGCCUUUGGAUGGCACAAGUCAGGGGUCUCCUGGCUGUGGAACCAAGCCAGAGGUGGAGGCGGAGGCCCUGCCUGGGCCUGGGGGCAGUGAGGGCAGGAUACUGCUGCUGGACGAGGACCCCAGCCCAAGUCCCAAGUCGGCACGAGUGAGACGCUGGCGCCUGCAGGCCGCGGGGGGCACAGUGACCCCACCCGGGCAGCUGACCUCUCACUCCCAAACCCCCCGGUGCAGUAGUGCUGUUGGUGCGGAGUCUAGGAGGCGGCUUGACUGUCAAAGCCCUCCCACCAAAACACCACCCUGCACGAAACAGGCAGGCACAGCCCCAAAGGUGACGCGGACCCCUGCCGAGGUGGAGGAAGAUCUUCGUCAGAAGAAGAGGGAAUACUGGAGGGGCAGGAAAAGGGAGCAGCGGGCCAGGAAGGCAGCGCGGGAACGACAGCUGAAGCUGGAGGGGGCUGAAGGGCACGCCAGGGCUGAGGGCCUGGGACAGGGGCAGGACUCCAGCCUGUGGUUUAAUGAUGCAGAAGAUCCGUCGCUCUGUCACAGCACCUCCCUGGAGGACAACCCUGGGCUGCUGCCUCAGCUGUACCAGACGGGAGAUGUGAAAGGUGAAGGGGAGGUGGAAUUCCUGGGUGAGGAAGAGGAUGAGGAGGAAGACAGCGUGGCCACACCCACCUCGGCGGCCAUGUGGAGGAGCCGCUUCCUGAUGGACUAUGACCCCCUGAACCAGCUGCUGGUCUGCAUGGUGUGUGGGGAGCUGCAGCAUUCCCACACUCUGGAGGGCGUUCGGGCUCACAUUGAGGAAGCUCAUCCCAAUACAGCCAGCCUGGGCCCCCGGGAGCACCGCCACAUCCAGGAAGCCUGGGACGAGCAGGUGUCUGUCCGCGAGCGCUUCUUCAGCAGCCAGAUGCAGCAGCAAGGUACCGCCAUCAUAGAGGAUGAUGACCCGCCAGCUGAAGUUGAAGUCCUGGUUGACCUUGAGGAUUUCACGGCUAUGAAAAAUACCAAAUCAAAGAACAGAACUCCUAAGAAAGUGUAGAGGAUGACGUCCUACUCCCUCGUAAGUUCAGUGACUGAUGAUCAAAAGAAGCUUAACUGUAUUAAAUCCUACAGGACUAUCUCUGUGAGAUGCCAAGUCACGUAGAGCUAAUCUUACGGAUUGCCCUGUCAGUUCUCCUACAAGUAACGUCACCCGUGCAUGGUGUACUAAUGUUCACUAUGAACAAAUCUUCUGACUUUAAGAACCAUUUAAAACCGUUACGACCUGAUCUAUGAGCAACCAAAUGCCGCAACCAAAUGCCGCACCCCAGGCCCACCUGUGCAUGUUUCCAUGACCCUGUUGUUUUGGCUGAAAGUCACAUUAACAUUUUGUUUCAAUUCUGGUAUUAGGAAGAACAGGAACCUUGGGAGGCCUAAUGGAAAAAGCGGAAGCAGUGGUUCCCAUCAAAGGAGAACUUUUAAUUUCCCCGGCACUCGUUUGCAUGGUUCAUUACUCUUUCAGUCCUGCAACUUGUGGACUAAAUCUUAUGCUGGGAACAAGGAAGUGCAAAAAAGCUCUUGUCACCUUGUGUGGACACUGGCAUACUUAAGCCCGAAUGUAUGUUCAAGCUAUACUUCAGAUUCGGGUAAAAUAAGGCACAUCGUCUGUAGGGGAUCCUGAUGUGCUGCUGACUCCCAUGUCAGCUUAAAUGAGCCCUUAGCACACGCCUCAGACACAGCUCUGCAUUAAUUCUGCAAUGCUCUCAACCUCUGUCUUAAAUGUAAAAGGGAUCAGUUUACAUCAUUCAAUGCUGGCAGUCCUCUGCUCACAGGCGCAUGCCAGAUCAACAGAUUGACUUUAACAGUGGCCAUAGGCAAAAGAAACUGUUUUUAAACACUCCUUGCCUCAAUGGCUCAGCACCCAUCUGUACGGAAUAUAAAUCCACACCAUGAUUUGGUCAGUGGGGCAUUGUAGCACACAGAACCAGUCAGCAAUGCCGGUAUUAGGGCUACAAACCUCCUUUCCUUAUUAAUAUUGUUUGUUGUCAUAAUUCUGUGCUCCACUAAGAUUUUUUUUUUGUUUUUUGAUAUUCUAAAAUGUACAGUGAACAUGUACAUGCUGAAAUCUUAAGUUAACCCAUUAAUAAAGAAAUGAGAAGUCUAUAAUUUCACUGGUAGGCUUAACAGCAAAAGAUUAUCAACAAAACAAGUAAGAAAAAAAUCAUCAUGUAUCAGGUACAGACCAAUUUGUCAUUUAUCUAGGGAAAUGAGUAUUUGAUCCCUUGGAACACAUGCUUUAGUACUUGGUGGAACAGCUCGAUUUUGGUCUCAUCUGACCACAUCACAUUCUUUCAGGCCCCACUGGAAUUAUUCAGAUGUUCACUGGCAUACUUCAGAAGGGCCUGAACAUGGGCCCUCUUGAGGACGGGUACUUUGUGAGCACUGCAGGAUUUCAAACCAUAGCGGCAUAAUGUGUUACUGAUGGUUUUCUUGGUGACUGUGGUCCCUGCUGCUGUGAGAUCCUUAAUGAGCUCCUCCCGUGUAGUUCUGAGGUUAACCCUCACCAUUCUUAAGAUCACUGAUGCCACAUGAGAACUUCCUUGGGGGGGGGGGCCCAGAUCGAGGCUGAUUGACAGUUAUUUUGUCUUCCACUUGCAAAUAGUUGCAUCAAGAGUUGACACAUUCUCACCAAGCUGCUUGCUGAUGGUGAUGUAUCUCAUUCUGCCUUUGUGAAGGUGAACAGUCUUGUCUCUGAUGGUUGAAGGUUGAAGAUGUAGACAGGUUAGUGACCCAAUAAUACUAUUGUAACAAAGUAAUGCCAUUAAAUGAGAAUGCUGUCUUGGGACCUGUUAAUACUUAAUUAAACACUACUUGUGCUUUGUUAGUGCACAUGUACUUGACCUAAUUUCUUCCUGGCUUGUAGGGGAUCAAAUAAUUAUUUCCUAAGAUAAAUGACCUGUUACAUUUGUACCUGUUAACGAAUUUUCUCUUGUUUGUUUUGUUAAAAAUCUAUCUUCUGAUGCUGAACCUACCAGUGAAAUCAUAGAAUACUCAUUUCUUUAAAAUGGGUGACCUUAGUAAUUCAACAGGAAUUCAGUAAUUAUUUCCCUCACUGUACGUAUUACAUUUCACUGGGCUGUUUAUCACACUGACCUAAGCCCCUGGACAGCAGUGCAAUAAAACAUUAAUGUUUUGUUUCGCAGCAGUUCUAAACAUCAUCGUACCCUUUGUCUUCCCCGCACACUCCCUAACGCAAAAGCAACAUGCACAAAAUAUGACUUGCUAAUCAAGAUACUGCUAUUUUCCUUUACAUAAGCUGGAUGUAUUGGGUGACGUAUGAGCAUUAGUAUUUAUCAUUUCAGAAUAUUGUACAGUAUAUGCACUGAAGGGCAUAGAAAAAGUUUACAUAUUUUCUAAUAUAUUUAGUAUAUUGACAUAAGAUAUAUUCUUUACGGCUUUUUUUGGCUUUAUUGCUUUUUCUAAUGAGGCAUAUCCAAUCAAUGAAUUAAGAAAUGUAAUAAAUUAAGCAGCCUGCUCUGUGGCUUGGCUGAUUGCGAUUCCUUUAUAUAUGGUCUGCUCUAAAAGUAUAGGCACCCUUGAUGAUGGGUCAAAAUAAGGAAAAUCUUCUUUUUUUUUUUUUUUUUAAAGAAACGCACGAUCUUUGAAUUUAAAUCAUUGACGACCACAUAGAAUCUUAGAAAGUCAAACAAAAGUUAUUCUUACUAAUUAAUUACUUUGUUCCGUUCUCUCCAUCCGAAGGAGCUAUAUUAUGCUCUUCCGUAGCUCCUGCUCUCUCAUUGGAGUGUGAAAAUGAGGUAAUGUCAGUUAUUCUGUCGCCCAUCACCGUGAACAUCGUUUGUUUUGCCUUUAUGAAAGGUGUCAGUAGUGUAGGAGCUGGCCGUGCCGGCAAGGAUGAGAGACAUUCAGCGCCCUGACACCAGUCGCCAGUCUUCAUAAAGACCCACUUGAGGUAGCAUUAUGGAAAUUGCUUGGGAUUUUUUUUCACCUCGCUGUCUGAUGUAAGUCUUCCAUUGUAAAUUAGACUGCAAUCUGCAUGGUGAAUUACAACGAAUGACUGCGUUGGUAGUUAGUUUGGUAUGAUUCAGCACUGACGGCAGUUACCGCUACUCUGUGUAUAACCACAGUGUAGUUUUUACUGGUCAGUAAUAUCACAAAACUGAUGAAUAUGGGUUUUGCGGGCAGUCCAUAGAGGGAAAUCCAGGCCCACAGACACUAAACCAGGCCUCCUCGCACAGUUACCUGCAAGCUCCAGUUACGCAGCGCAGAUCGGGCCCUGUGGAGGCUGCAGGCUGACCCUCUACCAGCUGUGCUUCCCUUAGGUGUUACUGGCAAAUAAUGUGACCUCUUCAUUUCAGCAUUUUUAACAUUGUGGUUUUGUAAUGGUGAUUUAUAUCAUUUGUAUAUAUGUAAAGAUAUUUAAAUAUUUAAGUGAUGCUUUAAUGACAAUUUUGUUUUUUUGUUUUUUGGCCUGUUUACCGUUUUCUGUAUGUUUUUGAAAUUGAAUGGCACCAUGCAAGUGUUUUUUUAGUUGUUUGUCAUUCUGUAAUGUGCCUAUUUCACCAUGCAUGUAUCACAAGUAAUUAGGUAAUGUUCAUUAAAACAAAGUAAACUUAAAAAAAAUACAAAAAAAGUCUUGACAGAUCCCCAUAAACUACACAGCUUUUAAGGAUCUGAUCCUGUUGGCCACAGGCUUUUCAACUGCAAAGCAUGCUCUGAAAUCGGGCUCAAACUGUCAACCCAGCCUGCCAGUCCAGUUACACUGGUCUGUGUUUUUGGGGUACAGUGUGAAGGGGCAGACGCUAAGGCUAUACUUUUUGGCUAAAUAUAUAAAGACUUUUAAAGUUUUUAGGAACACUGAACAUUGCAUUUGAGCUUAGAUCUUUGGAGGUUUCUCAGCUGGUGUCUGGGAUUUUGAAAAAAUCCCAUAAUGAACUGUACUGUAAAACUCCAGCAGCCAUAACAAACGUGUAUAUCAUCCCUGGCAGAGGGCAUCCCAUCUGUUUGAAGUUCUAAUGCUCCUGUUUUUGUUUCAAUUGCUGAGAAUGUGCUUUUCUCUUGGAACCAGUUCCUUGUGUGUUGAUAUAGGGAAAUGUUUAAACUCUUUUCAUACCUAAUAAAGCCAUUUUGUACCUUU